AUGACUGACGCCAACUGCCAACUCAUCUAUGGGGAGGCUGUGAAAGCGAAUACAAACAAUCAAGAUCGAAAUGCAAACUGCGCGGGAAAUCCUGUAGUAAGUUAUCGUGUAAAACUCUACAACAAGAGAUUUCCUUAUUAUCCCCCUUCAGAGUACUCUACAUAUAGUUAUAACCCGAGAAAAUUGAUGUCAUUUAAGAAUCCUCAGCUGCUCCACACCGCAAUCAGCGUUUGUCCCAAGCAAUGUGGAUACUGCUGCCUUACACCAGCCUUCAAUUGUCAGAACAAAUUGCGACCACGAUACCCAUGUUCAUCAGUGACGCAAGAUAUGUGCGAAAGUAACGCUUGGAGAGAUAUUCUCGCGGAGGAUUGCCCAAAAACGUGUGGUCUCUGCGACUCUGGUCUGUCUUUCCUUUGUGCUCGUCAUUAA